AUGGCCUCGCAACACCUUGCAGCCGCCCUUGCGUACAACAACCCGUCCAACAAGCGCCUGAGGGACGAACGAGGACAGCCAGUUCUUCGACCCGAAGCCGCCUCUAAGGACGCCGAGUUGGUCACCAAGCUGCUUCGCUCACACCUCCUUCAAGGCAACAGUGUCCAGGAGCUUCUCAGCUCGGCCAACUUGUGCUUGCUGGUCAAGGCGGAGGACGACAAGACCCACCUGGUGCGUUUUCUCGAUGCCUACCACACGAAGCAAUGCGACAACGCUUUGACUCCAGAGCAACGGCGUCAAGGACAGCAGCCGAAGCCACACGAGCGGGGUUCCCGCAAGGUGUUCGCUUGCAGUGCCGUACUAGAGCGCUUGAACACACAACUGGUGGACGGCCCUGGCAAAGAAGCAGUGAAGGCACUCAGCGAGCUGGAGGCAGACGACCUCGAGCUUUACCUCGCCAACUGUGCUCCCGGGUCCCGAACACGCCACUCCGAAGGAAGGCCGCCCGUGGAAGUUCAAGGUCAGUUUGACGCCCCUGGCUCCAGACAGCUUCCGUGCGCACUGGACCUGCCUGUGCAAGGAGUUGGCCCGAUCCAAGAAUCUUCAGUGGAUGCUGGAGCCGAUGAGAGCCCCACAGACGCAAGUGCAAAAGGAGCUUUGGGAGUCGCUCAAGGCACGUACUACUUGAACCAGGUGGCUGAUGAGUCUUGCCUUUUUCACUUUGCCAGAGAUGAUGCUUCCAGUAUUUCUUCUUGGAUGGAUUUCAGCUACUGCACUUUGACCAAGUGUUUUGCAUGCUCCAGCUUUUCUUUUUCCCAGAAUCUCUCUGUCUCUGUGGAUGUCACCGAUAUAGUUGUAUCUGCAGUGCUAUGGGGAGAGUCAUGUUUUGGCGACGUGGUCUGGCCAGUCUUGAUGCCAGCGCAAUUGACACACUUGCGGAGUCUUGCUUUCGUCCCAUUCGGACACGCUGGCAGUCGCACCUAG